CGACAGUACGACACGAGUUUUGUAUCUCGCGCGCGCCUGUGGCCCGUCAGUCGUAGUACUAACUCGAACGCGAUAGGUCGUUUCGUCCUACGUCCCACGGUCUUGCCGAUUUAAUACAUACCAGUGGCCGUCACAUCAUUAACAAAUUAUCAAUUGAUAAAAAUAUUUCGCACUCGCGACCGGUGUGUUGUACACGCGUUCGUUGACCGCUGCCGUAUUCCAAUUGAAUCCCCGGCCAUCGUGGUCGUCGUCGGCGCGCAUAUCAUUCAUUUCUCGUAACAUUACCACGCGCGCCAUGUGUCCCGCCGGACCCGGCAACUAAAAAGCCCGCCGACGCACGUCCUCCGGAGAGGAGAAGACGAGAAGCCAUCGAUCGUUAACUCGGCUCACACGGCUAACGAUGACAUAGAGACGUGCACGGCGCAACUCUCGCACGCAAACCGUGGGCACAUCACACGGGGCCGUCCGUUACGACAAUAUUAUUGUGCGAGGUAAGGAGCGUUUUAUUUCUUGUUUUUAAAACCAUUUACUUACGUCGGGCAUUAUAAUGCACGCAACACGAUUUUAUCGUACGAUUAGAUUAGGUUAGGUUAUUAUAAAACGUAUUCAAGUACAAAGACCAGCAAUAAUAGACGAUUUAUUUGUCCUGUAAUAUAAUAGCUACCGGGAACCGUGCUUUCCCCCAUUGGCCGUAUUUUAUAAACAAUUUUUGCUGACCAUAAUCUUUGCGUGAUUAUCGUUAUAUUUUGACGUAGGUACGAACGAAGGUAUGUGGUUUAUUUUGAAAUUUUACCAACUGGAAUAUUAUUGACGCGUAUAAUUUUGGGUUCGGUAUUUUUCACGCGUUUUUUUUCUUGGCUCCCCCAAAGAGAAAUUCCGACUGCGCCGUUGCAGACGGGUACCUAUUAUUAUGAUGAUAAUGGCGAUGACUAAAAUGCCGGUCGCCGCCGCGGACCGUUCGGUGUCGGAGUUGGCGAGUGUGAGAGCGCGUGCGCGCAUAAUAGCGUAUAAAUACACACGACAGCGAUUUUUGAAAAAUCCGGUCAACCGUUUUUUUUUCCUGUACGUUCUACGCAUCGUAUUGUCCAGACUUUUAAAAUAGGCUAAGUAGCGUCCCCUCCAAGCGAAAAAAUAAAUCGUUUGUACAAUUUGUGAGCCUAUUUUUCGUAGUUUUUUUCCCGACGAUUUAAAACGAAAUAACAGAGUAUGAAACGCGAAAAGCCUGUAUGCUUUUGAAAAUCUAAAAUCCCAAUGGCCUAGUCAUCGGGAUACACGCUUGAGCAGUCGCGACCUAUUCUGAUGUAUCUAUCCGGCAAUCGGUGCACCGCCAAUAUUUAUGUGUAACGUUGUUGUCGCGUCUUCUGACGUCGCCGACACAUAAAUCGGUUAUAAUAUUAUCAUUUUGAAUUGAAAUAUUAUUGUUGCAAUAAAAUUAUUACUAAAGAAAUUCCAGCGCCGCGAUCGCGGCAUGAGCUAAAGUAAAUAUAUAAAUUUAAUAUUAUCGGAAAUACAAAAGCUAUUAACAAUAACAAUAGGUAAUCAACGAUUAUAUAGAUGUUCAAAAUAAUUUUUCUUAUUAUUCUCAUAAUUUAAGUUUAAUGGAGUGACUAGUGUAAUCCCUCUGGUAACCUCCGUAAAAACGACAACGAAAAAAAGUUGUUUUAACCUAAGCUAUUGUGGAAUGGAGUCAUGAGUAGGUGUACUUCAAGCAACAUGUGUCACAAAGUAAGUAUUAACAAAAUAAAAUGUUGUCGACGAAAUGGGAUGUCAGCAAAACGGGUUGUCGGAAAACUGGGAAUGAACCUUUGUUGUACUCUCCCCCCCACGCUGUGUACCGAUUAUUAUGAAGAUUGUCGUUAAUUGUCGAGUUCUGAGCGUUAAACUCACUCGAUAGUAAAUACUUAAUGCUAACUAUUAAUUAAGUAAAAUUUUUCGUCGACAUACGACUUGCAGGUGUUCCAAAGAAAAUUAAUUAGUGAUAUUUUCAAAUUAGGAAUAAGAAAAAAAAAUGUUUUGGACUACAUUAGAUAUUCAUGAAGGAACAUUUAAGUAAGGAACGAGGAAAAGGAACGUUAACAACACCGAAUAAUAGUCCCCGAUAAUAGUUAUUAUGCACUUGACGUUAAAUUUUUUGGAAUUCUUUUUCGAUUUACUUUUGUGAACAUUUUUUUUUCUGUUCCCGAUAUUGGCCCUAUUUUCAUGUAAAAACCCAUGUAAACCAUAUCAAAAACUCAAAAAUCAAUGUCCCAUAAAACCUGUUUACAUGGGCAUAAAUAAUUUUAAUUAAAUAACUCUCGCGAUUUCCGUGGUUGUUCUAUCCCGUCCGGAACGUUUAAUUAUUGAUAUCUGAAAACUGGUAUAAGUUAAAAUACUUUGAAAUGAGUUUAAAUGUUUUUGUAAAAGAAUAACAAAUAUUUAUACAAUAAUAUAACGGUGCCCCAGUUCGAAAUGCGUUGUUGUAACGGCUAAAAUGUAGAGUAAAAUGUGAGUUUGUGUUUAUGAUAUUUUCAAUUAAAAUACCGCGAUAGAGCAUUGUUUAUAAAACGGGCAUAUUAUAUCGGUUGUGCCGGAAAUCGCAGGAAGUAAAAUCGUGUAAGAUAGAUAAAUUAAAGGUACACAUCAAAUGCGCCGAUCGAUGUUCGAAUGUUAUAUUAUGGUAAUUGUGCCGCUCGAUAAUCCGUGUUUGUAAUCUAAUAUCUCUAAGGAUAAUUUUACGGUUUAUCAUGCAUAGACAAUAUCCGUUUAGUGUAUUAUACAUCCGAAUAGUGUUGUUCCGAGCGUUAUGUAGUAUAAAUCGUCGUGAUUUGUGUUUUUGUAGGUAAUUUUAAGUGAACGUGGUAAGGAACAAAUUAUUUACCAACAUUAUAAAAUUUCCUCGAAAUUUUAGAUUCUGGGUGCAGCGAAGAGCUGCUUAUGGUUUUACAAAGAUGUUUUUUUGUUUUUUUCUUUGGGCAAUUUUCUACCAGAGACCUUUCUCCGAUUUCCAAUGAUAGCAUUUUUUCUGAAAGGAAAUCUGUCUGGGAAGGUACUUUAGAGAGGUAAUAUUUCGAUUUUCUCUACAAAUGUGAACGACCGGGAAAAACUAAAAAUUGGUACGGUAAACAAAUAUUAUUAAAAAUAUAUAUAAUACCUACUAAAAUAUUUUACCAUAAUAUGACAUAAUACGUACAUAUAUUGUUCACAAAGCAUCACUAUCAACUGAACUGCGUUCAGAAUCGUUUUUACAUCAGCAAUGGGUUUAUCGUAUACAUUUUCUUAUUAUAAAUUAUACUAAUCAUUAACUAAGAAAUUAUUAUUAAUGAUUCGGCGUAACUGAUGUGCCUAUGCCUUUUUUUUGUACCGGCGCAAUAAAUGUGUAUUAUUCAGAUAGCGUCCCAAAAUCGGCGCAAUUGACGAACAACCUACAAAAAAUGCUGACUAAAAAAAAGAUUUUCGCGAAAAUGAUGAAUUGUUGGGUUGAAGAAAUCGGAUCUCUUACAACUCGGAUAAAAAUAUUGUGAUUUUAGACUGUUGAAAUAAUAAAAUAUAAUAAUAUGACACCUAAACAUAUAAUUACUACUACGAUAGGUACAUUAGGAAAUGUGGCAAGCAGAUUUAUAUUAUUUUUAAGUAGAUAUUUUAUUAAAUAAUUAUAUUAUGACUUAAUUAUGUAUAAUAUUAUAUUUAAAUGGGUCAUGUUUAUACUUGUUUAUACAUUAGAUAUUUAAUGUUCAAAACAUUUUCAAUGAUUAACAUACUAUUUAUAUUUUAUUUUACUUAUUUUAUACAUAACGUACAUAUUAUGACAUUAUAAUUUAUUGAGUACCUAACUGAACAACAUUGCAAUUUAUAUAAAAUCUAGAUCAGCGAAAACAAGUAUAGAAAAAUAAAAAACAAACGGACAUACUUCGCACAAUGGGUGGGCCACUGUUAUAGAUUUAAAAUCGGGAAGGUAGAGGGGAAAUUGAAUGUAUAUCAGUACACAAUGAUAAAUCAUUGAUAACGAAAAACAAUUCUGAGCGGAGUUCAGUUGUACAUGUAUUGAAACGUCGUAAUAUUUACGAUUUUAAAGUAUUAAAUUUCGUAUGUUUUCCCGUUUUUUCUAUGAGUUUUCCCAUUUAUUAUGAAAACUCGUGAAAUAUUAAAAAAUUGCCUCACCAAAGUACCUACCAAACCAGUCGGAUUUCCUUUCAGAAGAAGUAUUACACUUGAAAAUCGGGGGAAAAUUUCUGACAAAAAAGUUGUUCACAGAUAAGAAAAACUUUAAUGUAAAUGUAAUACACAUUACUAGUUCCGCUCAGAAUCAAAAAUUUCAGAAAGAAUGAAAUUAUAUUUUUUAAUUAUCGUUAUAACUAAAGACCGGAUUUUUGUGCAAUUACACCUAAAAACGUGCAAUUAAAAUGCUGAAAUCUGCAAAAUCGUGUAAAAACAAAUUUUUAUUUGUAAUUAAUAAUUAUGUAACAAAUUUUUCAUUAUAAGUAUCUUAAAUUUUAUUUUUAUUUCUAUUUAUUUUAGAUCCCGAGCGUAGCGAGAGAGCUAUUGGUUUUAUUAAGAUGUUAAUUUUUUUUUUUUCUAGUCUGCGGAUACGCUUUUUCCUAGUAAUUAUUAAGAUGUUAAUUUUUUUUUUUUCUAGUCUGCGGAUACGCUUUUUCCUAGUAAACUGAUACGCUUUUUCCUAGUAAACUUGCUCCAAUUUUUACGUGUAGCAAUUUUUCUAAAAGCUCAAGUUGUUUAGAUUGUACAUUAAAUAUCAUUUUUCUUUCGACGCCAUUUUUUAAAUGAAAUAACUUAAGUGGGAAAAAACAGAAAAACGUAAAAAUUCACGAUUUCAUAAUUUUAUAAAAAAAACGGACGUUUUCUAUCAGAAAAAAUGAUUUAAUCGAAAAAUCAGAAGACACCUUUUUUUGUUGCUUUUUUGAUUUAUUUUCUUACGAUAUCAUCGCUACUUUUGAGCUUUUAAGGAAUUUUAAUUUUUGCGUUUUUUUACAGUAAUUUGGUUACAAAUACACGUAGAAACUUGAAACUUGUUAAUGAUACUUGUAUUGGACUUACCUAGGUGUGGUAAAAUUUCCAAAAUCAACGGAGGACUUUUUUUUUUGAAUCAAAUUUAAACGAAAAUCGUAAAAAAAAGUACGGCAUUUCAAAUUAUGUAUUACCGAACUGCGCUCGGAAUCGUCUUUCGUCAAGCAAUGGUUUAUCGUUGCUUACAGAUAUAAGUGUAAUAGACUUAUGUAUCCUACCUUCCCAAUUUCUCACCUACAACUGUGGCCGCUCCCAUCCCCAGUAUCAGCCCUUUUUUAUAAUAUUGUUAUUUAUUAGUUGGCAUUUAGAAUAUUUGAUUCAAAUUUAUUAUCAUGCACAUCUGGGAUGAACUGGGAUUAACUGGGAUUUCAAGGAUAUGAAAUAUUCAGAUAUGUUAGAGACCCACAAUCCAGUUCCUUAUCAAAAGGCGGUGGCGUUCUUAUUGCUGUCCGGAAUUGUUAUACAUCAAAUCCCAUAGUAUUAUAUAAUAUUAGUAUUGAAUUAUUAUUUGUUACUAUCCAAUUACCAAAACGUUCUCUUAUUAUUACCUCAGUUUAUAUUCCUAAUCGGUCUACAAUCAAUUUAUUUAAUGAAUACUUUGAUAUAGUUGAAUCUGUUUACAACAAACACCCUAAUGCGGAUCUAUUAUUACUGGGUGAUUAUAAUUUACCAUCUGCUAACUUUUCUAAUAGUGAAUCUCAUUUUAGUGAUAAAUUGUCUUAUUUAAAUUUGUGUCAAUGCAAUCAUGUAUCUAUUAUAAAAUCCGUAAUUCUCGAUUAUGUAAUUUCCAAUUAUUUAUCCGUGUGUGUCGAACAAAUUAACUAUCCUAUUAUGCCUGUUGAUGAUUUUCCCCCCCCCCCCCCACUAUCUAUAACCUACAAUUGUUUAGUAUCUUCAAAUUUAUAUUUACAAUUUACGAUUAUGUCUCUAAUUGGAAUUCUGGUGAUUACAGCAGCAUUAUAAGUUACUUAAGCAAUAUUAACUGGUUCAGUUUAAUUGAUUCUAACUCAUGUGUUAAUAAUGAUAUCGAUUUUUUAUUUACCAAUAUUAAUUACGCUAUAAAUCGAUUUAUACAAAAAGUUCGCAGACAAAAAUUAUUAACAUAUCCUAUUUGGUUUAGCAAAGAAUUAAAAAUGUUAAUAAAACGUAAACAAAAUUCCCAUAAUAUUUAUAAAACUUUAAAAACACCAAAUUCUUACGUAAAUUUUUCUAAUCUUCAAAGUAAAGCUUCUUAAAAGAAUGCUCAUUUAUAUUGUCACCUAUUAUAACUUUUUCAUUUAACAAAUCAUUAAAAACUGGAAUUUUUCCUAACAUAUGGAAAUUUUCAUUUGUAUCUCCAACUUAUAAAAAAGGGAAUAAAUCAUUAGUUACAAACUACAGGCCAAUUUCUAAAAUUUCAAUACUUCCAAAGAUAUUCUCUAAAUUGGUUAACAAACAACUAUUACCUUUAUGUGAACGUUUAUUUUCAAACGAACAACAUGGAUUAUGUCCACGGCAAUCAUCGUUAACCAACCUAGGCAUUUUCAAACAAUUCAUCUUAGAAUCAAUUAAUAUACAAGCUCAAGUCGGUGUUAUCUAUACGGACUUUGAAAAAGCGUUUGAUAGAGUUAGUCAUUCUCUUUUAUUAAUUAAACUAAAAACAUUUGGUUUCGACAAUCCGUUACUUUUAUUUUUUAAUUGGAAAUUUCCGUAAAUAAAUUAUUAUCUCUAAGUUCUUUUCUGUAAAAUUAUGUCUUCUCUCACUUAAUAUAUGUUUUAAUUGUAAAAACACACGUUCUACAUCGACACUUGUCAUCGGACAUUGUUUUUAGCAGCUUAUUUAACAUACGAGUAUUUAAAUUAAAAAAUAUUAACUUUAAAAUUGUUUUAUAAAAAACGAAUUGAAUACGGCUGCUGUAGUACUGUAUGUGUAUAAUAUGUAAUCGACAAUCGUAGCAGUAUCGUCGUUAUCUUAAUUUCGUCGAAUUAUAUUAUAUCGAUAUAAUAUAUAUAAUAAUAUUAUUAGAUAAAAAAGUCCAAUACUUCAUAUAAUAACAUAAUGUAACAACGAUAAAGCAACAUAAAUUCCAAAAUAAUAUAUGUUAAUAAUAGAUGUUUUAACAGAUUAUAGAAUACACAAGUAACUGAAACGUAUAAUUUUGUGCAAAAUAAAUCUUUCUUUAAAUUAAUCUAGAUUUUAUGAUUUGGGUUUGUAGCUUGUUUGUAUAAGAUUUAAAAUACGCCAUAAAAAUAUGCAAUUGCACCAGAUUUCGGUCUUUAGUUAUAAAUAUUUAUUAUUUUAAAUGUUUAGCAAUACUAUGUGUUAGCACACUCAUUUUCCUGUAUACAGGCGUGCACAGAUGUUCUUGGCAGGGGGGAAUAUUGCAUUUUUUUAACAACAAAUUAAACACUUAAUAAUAAUUGGUAAAAUGGAGAACUAAACAGUUAGGUGCCUACAUAUUUUAUAUUUGUUUUAUUUGUUUUAUUAUUGACUAUAAUAUGGUACCUUUAUAAUUAUACAUGUUGUCCCACGAAGAUCUGACAGAUGCAAAUAUUUUUGUACUGUUCAAUAUUUUUAAGUUUUUUUUUUUUUUUAAUUCCGAGUGGAGCGAAGAAUGUAUUGGUUUUACAAUGAUGUUUAUUUUUUUAAAUUUUUUUUUUAUGUGAAGACUUUCUACUAAAAAGCAUACUCCGUUUAUCAAGUAUAGCAUCUUUUCUGAAAGGAAUUAAUGUUCUUUAGGUGGUACCUUAAAGAGGUUAUUUUUGAAAAUCUCAUUAUUAUUCAAGAUAAUGAGGAAAACCUCUUUAAGUUAAAAAAUAUUGAAAUAUUUAAAAUAAGGUUGUCAUUGGCAACUAUUUUUAUUUAUUUUUUGUUAUUAUUAAGUUUUUAUUAUUUUAAUUUUUUUUAAACAAUCAAUGUUGUCAUAGAAACGCACAUUGUUAUAAUCAUUUUACUAUUAUAUGAUAUAUACCAUUUAUUGUAUUGUUGGCAAAGCAACACUAUCAACUGAAUUCCGCUCAGAAUCGUUUUUUCGUUAGCAAUAGUUUAUCGUUCCUUACAGAUAUUCAUUGAAUUCCCGUCUGUAUCCUAUCUUCCCAACCUCACCCCUACAACAGUGGCUACACUUCACUGCACUCGUUAAUUUCUACAAUUUGUUGAAGUUAACAAAAAAUUUAAAAUUUUUAAACUGUUACCAAAUAGUUUAUGGUACCUGAAUAUUAAAUUGAGUUAAAUAAUAAUAUUGUAAUAUCAAAUAUUAUCGUAUUACUAAAAGUACUUAUACUUAUGACAUGUUCAUGGAAAAAUUGGUAAAUUCUGAGGUAGGUAAAUCAGUUGACAUUUUUCUAUUUAUUUAAAUAAUAAUAAUAUUUAUUUAUUAAAGAUGAACGGGUGUGAGCCCAGGUUAUAAUUAUUGUGUAAAGUUGACAAAAUACAAUACAUAUUAUUAAUGUGGAAUAAAGACAAAUGUAAAAGAUAAAAAAAAUAAACAUAAACACAAAACAAAAAUGAAAUAAUAUGGUAGCAUAAUUUUAGCAAGAAGAGAAGGGGAGUCAACAGAGCUUAUUAAGAAAAAUAAGAUUAUGAGUACGGCGACGGUCAGCUAAGGAAGAUUAAGGAGAUGGAGAAGGAGAGUAUAAUCAUGAGGGGUGCAAUUAACAUUCAAAGUAUGUUUCACGAAGCAAAAGAAUUUCCGCUGAACUCGUUUGAGUUAUAAACAGCCGUCAGCUGUUUGAAGAUCCCGAACAACAGAGCCAUAUUCGAGAAUAGGUCGAACCAGUGCACAAUAGAUGGAUUUAAGAGACCGGUUGAGUUUAAAAUCAUUAGAUAUUCUUUAGACGAAACCCCAAUACCUUUAAGGCUUUAUAUGUAAUUUUAUUGAUGUGAGUACGAAGACAAAGAGAGGAAGUAAAAAUAAAGCUAAGAUCAAAAAUGCUAGAAUCAACAGGAAUUAGGUUGGAGCCAUUCAAAGUGUAAAAAUAAAUAGCAUUUAAACCAGCAUUUAUUAAUAUUUAAUGAUAGACCGAGAGUAUCAGGCCAGGCAGAGAAAUUAUUGAGAUCGUCUUGCAAUUUGAGACAAUCCUCAAUAGUGUUCAAUUUUAGGAAAAUAUUAUCUAUAUUAGUGGCAAUUUUUAUUACUAAGUAUAACUUUGCUUACGAUGAAUCUCGUAUUAAAUUUUUUUCAAAUAUUUCUGCUCGGCUAAAAUAAUUUUAUCCAUAUACAUAUUACAAAUAAAAACUAAAGAAAUGUCAAAUAAAUGGCUGAAAAAUUGGUAGAAUAUUUUUUAAAUUUAACUUAUAACUUAACCCCUUUAAUUCCUUGUGACCAAAAUCAUACCUGGACAAAAUCCUUAAAAUAAAAAUAAAAAAUGCAAUUCAAGUAUAAAUAUUUGUAGUCCUUAAUCUUACGAAUAAUAUUUAAAAAAAAGACGGACAUACUCGCACAUGGGUGCAGCCACGGUUUUAUGUAGGAAGUUGAGAAGGUAAGCUACAGACAAGAAUCUAAUGUAUAUCUGUAAGCAUCGAUAAACUAUUUCUAACGAAAAAACUAUUCUGAGCCAAGUUCAGUUGAUAAUGUUGCUUUGUCAAUUAUACAAUAUAUGAUAUUAUGCCAUAUUAUGGUAAAAUGAUUAACAAUGUACGUUUCCAUGACAACAAUGAUUGUUUGAAAAAUAUUAAAAUAACAAAAAAUAAAUUUCCAAUGACAACCAUAUUUUUAAUUUUUCAAUCUUUUCAACCUAAAGAACCAGGUUUUCCUCAUUAUAUUGAAUAUGGUAAUAUAUAUUAUUCAAUGAGAAUAUCAAAAAAUGACCUCUUUGAAGUACCACCCAGAGAACAUUUCCUUUCGUAAAAUAUUGUAUAUUUAUUAAGUGGGAAAAACUGUGGAAAAAUUGUCUACUAUCAAUUUACUAUGAUUUAGGUAUAAAUAAAAAUAUAUUACGACCUUUUUCAACCAUGCGAACAAUUUUUCUACCAACAAUUUCGCUCCAAUUUCCAAUGAUUGAACUUUUUCUAAAAGAAAAUUGGACUGGUAAGUCAUUUUGGCAAGAUUAUUUUUUUGAUUUUCUCAGGAGUCUUCCUAAUAAAUGGGAAAAACAGGAAAAUAGGUAGAAUAAUAAACAAAUAAUAUUAAAGAAACAAUAUAAUGCACAUGUAAUUAUUUUUGCACAAUAUGUCAUAUAUAUUGUCGACAGCAACACUAUCAACCAAAUUCCGUUCACUAUCGUUUUUUGUUAAAAAUGGUUAAUCAUUGUUUACAGAGAUACAUUAAAUGACCUAUAGUAGUGACUGCACCCGUCCCCAUUAUCCUUGGAUAGCUUUUGAAUUUUGUAAAACAUAGGUUAUAUAGAUAAAAAAAAAUUAUUUUUCUGACGGUGAAAGUUGGGCAAAGCAGACAUUUUUGUCACGGUAUUAGAAAAAAAAAAAAAAAUUUUAAAUCCAAUAGGUACAUUUUUCGCUACAUGAUUGUUCCCACUAUAUAUUUUCCAUAUAAUUCUAUCUCACCCUUGAGAGAAUAUUUAUUGAAAUUUAUGAAUGAGAAAUGUUUUAUUCUCUUUUCAAUCAAAGAAUUUCCAAGAUCUGGAAUCAUCUUCCAUUAUUGCAUUUGUACUUAUUUGUACUUAAGAAUAAUUGAUAAUUUGUAUAACAAAAAAUAUCAUCACACGGCCCCUGGGAGGGGUGAUCGCCCCCUUCUUCCCACGGAUGCGUCUGGUUUAUUUUCUUUUUUUUUCUACUAUCGAAGUGAAGUCAAUACCUCUUAUGUAUACUUAAUUCUUAUGCUAUCUUUUCUCUUGCACCACUCCUCAUUCACCGGUAAAGAAAGAUGAAUCCAAAAUUAUAAUUAGACCUAAGAUUCAUAUGCAUAGGUAUAUGCUAUAUUUAUUCCUAUUUCCGAAUAAACAAUUUUUUAGAAAAGACUAAAAAAAGCAGUCUGAAAAUGUUAUGUCCAUUUAUAUCUUUGACCGAAUAAUAAAAAAACAAAAUCAAAAAUAGUGAAACUGCAGUUGUACAUUUCCGCUUCUUUUCCCGACUAUUAAGAAAACCAUAAGGCACAUAAAAAAAAGACUUCCUUAAUGCACCAACUAGAUGAAAUUUAAUUUCAAAAAAUAUAUCUGGUAAACUUAUAAGGUUGCUCGGUAUUAGCGUUUUCUAUGUCUAAAACUACUGUUUCCAAUUCUAACGAUACGAGGUGAAAAUCAUCUCGAUUUUCAUUUUGAAAACAUAUUCGGAUUGUCUAUAACAUGUACGAAAAAACGGCCGAGUAACAAUUUUUAUUUUUAUUAUUUGAAAUUCAAUAAAUCUAGUCUCUAUUUAAAAGUUUGCGGAAUUUUAAACUUAAUUAUUUAAUCAAUUAAAUACAAUUUUUAAAAUCUGCCUCGGCCGAUAUCUGGUACAUGUAGUGAAGAAUUAGAAUACUUUUUCAGAAUCUAAAUCGAGGUAAUAUUUGCAGCCUACUGUUGGAAUUAGAAUCGUAGAUUUGAGUGAAAAAUAAACAUUUUUCUUACUAAUAAAAUAAUUGUCUUCUGACGAGUGCGUGCAAGUGUCCACCGUACCUCCGCGCGCGCUGCAUGCUAUAUCUAUAAUAUUAUUGUUGCCGCAUUCCUAAAACAAAAAUCAGAUAAUGAUCCUAUAUAUAAUUUAGUACGUUUAUAUUUAUAAAGGUUUUAUACUGUUCAUAGCACAAAAAUUAUACACAAUUAUGUAACCGCGAAUUGGUUUAGUUAUUCGACACUCAUACAAUUAAAUAUUUUGUUAUUUUGUUUUAUUUUAUUGUGCAUUAAAAAUAAGUUCCAAAUAUAAAGCGAAAACUAUAGUUCUCUUAUCCAAAAAAAAAAAAAAACAAAGGUUUCAUAAAUAAUAUAAGGGGUCUUCAUACCCUUUCUUCUACCAUUAAUCAGCCGAAUAAUAGCGAAGAAAAUUGAUAAGUAUUUUUAUAGAAUAUAAUAGAAAAAUAUGUUUUGGUUGAACAUAUUUUUAUAUUUUUAACUAACAUAAAAAAAAGGUUAUUUUUUUUUUAUGUUUAUCACCUUAGAACUCCGUCAUUUAUUAACCUAUUUGGACAGUUCUUUUUUUUAUAUACUUUUAAAUUGGUCCCAUAGACAUUUCGUUAAAAUUAAUUUAGUAGUUUGGUUUUUUUAUUAAAAUAUUAACCAAAUUAAAAAAACACAAAAAGUUACUACUCUAAAAAGAAAAAAAAGAAAAGUCGAUACCAAGCCUGAAACAAAAUAAAACUUGAAGAUAUAAUAUAAAAAUACAGCUUUUGUCAAUACCAAUAAUGAGUUACUCGUAUAUUAGUUAUAUUCCGGUAUGUAGCACUGACCUCAAACCGGUAGCACAUACUAAUAAUUGAUUCGAGUAAGAUUUCUGUUAGCAAACAUGAAUUGUAAAAAUUUAAAAUAAAAAAGCAUUUAAAAAUAAAUUUGUAAAUAUUUUGAAAAUUUUGCAGUAAAUUUGUCCUUUUCGUUUUUUUUAGGUUUUUUCCUAUUAUUAUGAAAACCACUCGGAAAAUUGAAAAAUUAUUUUUAUUCUUAUCAACUAGAUCCAAAAUGCGACAAAAAAGAUCUUUUGUCAUUUUUUGAUUGAAACAAGUUUUCCAGAAGAAAAAUUGUUCAGACACCAAAAAAAAAUCAUAAUAAUAACAAUACAUUCCUAAAAUUUAAAAACUAAUACAUUCCUCGCUGGGUAAGUUUAGAAUUUACAAGUAAUACGGUCAUGCUAUAAUAAUAUUGCACACCGUGGCCAUUAUUUAAAAUUUUUAAACUAGCGGCUAGUUACUAUAGCCCAUAACGCUCGCAUAGUAGUAACGAAUUCAUAGACUCUUCAUUUGUUGAAAUUGCUUUACUACUUACAUCAACUACUGAGAACGAAAUUCAUAGAUUCCAUAGUAGUUGGUAAUAAUCUGGUAAAACCAAAAUAAAUAAUAAUAUUAUAAUAGUAUUAUGAUUAUUGUAUACAAAUUGUAAUAAACCCAAAAAUAAAUUUGAGAUAACGAUGCGACCUACUACCUAUUACGAUGAUCAUACGGUGGGGAGCGGUGCCCUCAUUGAACAGACUUGCAUUAAUGAUCGUUUACGACUAACACGAGGAUACCGGGCGGCGACUGUGAAAUUAGGAAUUGCCUAAAUUUUGCUCCUUAGAAAACGCUACUGCCGAGGCCUCUUAAUAGACAAGAAUAAAACUCAUCUUAGUAAAACUCUGUAUAUUAAAAUCAAUACAUUCCUCUGCAGUGAUUAACAUUUAAAAUGUAACAAAUAAAUUUAAUUUAAAUUGUGAAUUCACUUUAAAAUCACCUUGUACAUAGGUAUAAAUAAUGUUUUUAACGUUCAAUAAUUAUUUUAAAUUAUUAUAAGUUAUGGCGUUGAGAAAGUUUUGAAAUGUAUAUAGUUAAGAAAAUGAUUAAUUUGUAUUUGACAUGGCUACACCUAAUAUCCGUUAACCAGUUCAACUAGUUAUUCCGCAGUUUCGGGCAUAAUUUGGAUUUAAUUUAAUGCAUGUACAAGGUAUUUAAAAAUAAUAAAUAAUUAAAUAAUAAAAUAAUAAAUAUAGUACAAAUUUGUUGAUUAAAUAUUAAGUAAUUUUAAUCAAGUUUUACUACUUACCUGUAUUAUAGUUUAUUAUAGAUUAUUGUUUUAUUUAUGAAUAAUCUGGUGAAUAAUGAAUAGUUUUGUGGUGUACAAUUUAAUAAGAUGGACAUACUCGGUACUGUUCAGUGGCGUAGCCAGGAUUUCUCAAUGUAGGGGGGGGGAGCAAUAAAAAAACCUUAUACAAAAUUAAAAUUUGUAUUGUUUUCACUAAUUUGUAUACUUAUCAUAUGACCAGAUAAAAUAUGAAAUACAUCCUGCUGGAAUGAAUAAAAUAUCUAACAACUCUUCAUUUUAAUAAUUUAUUGUUAACAGCUUAAAUAGUUAAAAGGUAAAUAUUCUUAAUGAGUUAUUUACCUACUUCCUAUGGUUUAUAAUAUAAUAUUAUUAUUGUGUUAGAACAGAAAAUGUAUGUUCCCAGGUAGCGGAUGUUACAGGCAGAGUAGCAAAUAAAUGAAUCUUCUUUAUUUUUGAAAAAAGCUCUCUGCAGUGUUGAAUUAAUUCUACAGCAGUCUGGUCAAUUUUCUUUCAUUUUGUCCAAUUUCUCCAUAUGAAUAACUCUGCUUUCAGACAUAAAUUCAUACUAAUUAAAAAGUAAUUUUCGUGAAUAGAAGCAGCAGCUAAGAUUGAUUGGUCGUCAUAAUCUGUUAAGUUAGAAGGUAUGAGUCCUUCUAAUAGUAUAAUUGUUUCUAGUAUUUUAUCAAAUCUUGAAUUACUCAUUUAUUAAUUAGAUUAUCAAGAAAUGGUAUAAAUAUUGCUAUUUUAUAAUAUUCUUCUGCGUCUUGAGCAUUUAUAUUGUUUCGGGCAGUUUGUCUCUCAACGGCUCGAGGCAUGCGUAUUUCAACGUCUAGUUCAGAAGCAUUGUGGUAACAUUUUUCAUUAUUUCCUUAAAUAAUUUUUCAGCAUUUGAUCGGAUAGCUUCUAAAGCUUUUCCGACAAUCAUUACAUUAUUUAAAGCUUUACAUCAGUCUUGUUGUUUGCUUUGUAAUACCUUAGACUUAAUUGUUUAAUAUACGAGAAGCAAGUAACAACUACAUCAAGACAAACAAGAAAAUCGUUCUUGGUUAUAGCACUCGCAUAUAACGACACUUUUGUUGAGGUUUCAGGAUUUUUAUCAUAUUUUUCAAGAUGUUCUAGAGUAGAAAUAUAAAUGUAAAGUUCUUUGAAAUUAAUAUGUAAAUAAUGUCGAUCGACCCUUCGUGUUUCACAAAGAUUUUUCAAUUUUGUUUUUUUAACCACUAUUAUUGGAAUUAUUAUUUUUAUCAAAACUACUACUUUUAUGUAAUUUGGAUAUACCUUCGUCAAUAAAAGGUUUUAAUCUAUCUAUAUGUUUUGCUGAACAAAAAAAAAUAUACCAACUGAGCUAAUUAUACCAUUCAUAUUUUUAAUAUAAGAUAUCUCAUGCCUUAGAGAGACAAAGGUUUAAAGAAUGACUGAAAAAGUAUGUAUAGAAAGCCAACAAUUAUUCAUCUAAUAUAAAUGCUUAAUUACAGUACUUAUUAUUUAUAUAUUUAUUAAUGAAUUAUUCAUAUUAUCAUAGGUACUUACGUAUUCAUAGAUAUAAUAUACAUUUAUGUAUGGAUGUACUUAUAUAAAAUCAAUAAAAAUAAAAAUACGUCCGAUGGAAGAGCCAUGGCCUCUCUACCUCUCAUUGGCUACGCCACUGGUACUGUUGUGUAUAGGUGAGAAGUUGUGAAGGUAGGAUAUAGAGAGGAAUUUAAUGUAUAUAUCUGUAUGCAACGAUUGAUCGUUUCGCUCAGAAUCUAAUAAUUAAUUUUUAAUAAUUUAUUACUAUUAUUCUAAAUCAUUGUAUUAACAAACAAUUUAAUAAUUCGUGGUGAAACUUAAAUAAUAUUUUAUAAAUUAUUAAGAUAUAUAUUAUGUAUCAGCACCUACAAAUUAAUAUUAACAGUUUUUAAUAGUCUGAUAAAAAUGAUAUAAACACUUCAACAAUAUUUUAAAAUUAAAUUCAAAAUAUUCGUUAAAUACAAAUUUAAUACUAUGGUUAUAUACAUACCUAUAUAGUUAUUUACCUUUUACUUAAUGGGUAAUACCAUUAAUUAUAAAUACCAUAGAUAGCCCACUGCGAUAGAAAAUACGCUUCGCCGAUAAUAAUUGGAUAACAUUUUUGAUAGAUGGCAAUAAAAGUUCCACAAAUGAAUAAAUUGGCAUUUUAUUUUGGCUGUUGUGUACGAUAUUAUUAUAGUAUGGAUAAAGUGCGGGGAAAUCUAAUUUUGUCUGUUCAUCUCUAAACCGGUUCGACAGGAAUAUAAUCCGCACGCCUUGUAUUCACUAUUUUGCAUAUUGGUCGUAUAAAUUAUAAUGAUACUAAUUAUAUUAUUAUUGUAUCCAAUAUUUUAGUUUUUUUACAAUUUAUUUUGUUAUUGACUACAGAUGGUUUAAAUAUGUUGUUAAGUUAUUAUGUAUGUUUCCCCGUAGAUGUAUCUUUUUUAUUUACCUCCAUAAAUACUACAAUACUGCGUUAUAAAAAGUUUGAUAAUAAUACAUUUUGGAUUUUUUAUACACACGAACAUAACAUGUUACUUAUCAAAAAUAUAUCAUUAUGUCAUUAUGUAGGUAAAUAGCUGUAUUGUUCAUAUAUGGUUUGUUUUUUAUUUAAAUUAUUGUGUACGACAUUUUACUUCGAAUAUAUUUGCAUCACGUCAUGCUACAACAUUGAAUUAUAUUUUUUAACAGUUUGCUUUUAAACAUGUUCGGUGGUGAUAAACGCAUGUACUUCAAUUGCUUUAAUACACGGAUAACAAGCAACAAUACUUAUCAUGUAUGUCCAUCAAAUCUCGAAAUAUCAAAAAAAUGGAUAAUUAACUCUGGUAUUUUUUUCAUAGAGCAUGGAAUUAAAAUGUUUCAUCAAUGGUAACACCUACAUGUAAAUUUUUUAUUACCGGUAUUAUUAACGUAAAAACAUUUGUAUUUUCUUUUACUGCCAUUUGUUUGAACUUCUAAGAAAAAUGUAUAAAUCAUAUUUAUUUAAUUACUUAUAAUUCGUGGACAUACUUAGCAAAUAUAACAACUUGACUCUCUAACCUUACAAAUAUUAAAUAAAAAUAAUUACCAGGUUUUGGUAAUCCAGUAAUAUAAUAACGUAUACAUUAAAAUAAAUACCCCAAUGUUUAAAUAUUACUAUAUUCUGUUAUUUUAGAUUCCGAGCAUAGCGAGAGAGCUAUUGGUUUUAAAAUGCUGUUAAUUUCUUUUUUUUCUUUAUUCUAGUCCGUGGAUACGUUUUUUCCUAGUAAACUUGCUCCGAUUUUUACGUGUAGCAAUUUUUCUAAAAGCUCAAGUUGUUUAGAUUGUAUUUUAAAUGUCAUUUUAUUUUCGACUCCAUUUUUUUAAAUGAAAGCAUUUGAGUGGGAAAAAACAAAAAGAACGUACAAUUUCACGAUUUCAUUAUUUUAUAAAAACAUGGACGUUUUCUACCUGAAAAAAUGAUUUAAUCGAAAAGUUAGAAAACACUUUUUAUGUUGGCUUUUUGAUUUAAUUUCUCCGCCAAAACUUUUAAGCCACUUUUGAGCUUUUAAGGAAUUUUAAUUUUUGGGAUUUUUUUUGCUUUUAUUCGCUUAUAAAUACACGCAGAGACUUGAAACGUGGUAAUAAUAUUUAUAUUAGACUUACCUAGAUGUGGUAAAAUUUCAAAAAUUAUCAAAUAACUUACACGAAAAUCACAAAAAAAAAUACGGCAUUUCAAAUUAUGUAUUACCGAACUGCACUCGGAAUCGUCUUUCGUCAAACAAUGGUUUAUCGUUACAGAUAUAAAUGAAAUAGCUUUAUGUAUCCUACCUUCCCAACUUCUCACCUACAACAGUGGCCGCUCCCAUCCUCAGUAUCAACACUUUUUGUUUAUAGUUAUUCUAUUUGUGAAAUAUUACCUGCAUUGGGUGAUUCCACCAUUACCUGAAUGGGUUUUUGAGAGGUUCAAAAUUUUAACAUUUGUUAACUGCUAUUCUUUGGAAUAUUUUUACAUUAUUUAAAGUUUUUUUCAAAUAUAUUUUCUGAAUAUUGUGAUCAUUGACCCAGAAAAUUACCUAUUUGAGGUACAAAAAAAUAUACUACUGAACUUGAUACUUAAUUAAGUAUAUAUAAAAAUGGAUUACUUUAUACAAAAUUGUAUGAAAUAAAAUAAAAUAAAAUUGGAAAAUUGUCAAGGUCUUUGAUUAUAACUUUUAUAGGUAGGUAUUAAAAAUUUCUUCUGAAAUUCAUUGUUUGAUUUCAUGGAAAUAAGAAUUUGUUUAUUGUAAUAUAAUUUUAUCGUUUAUAUUGCUGAUGCAUAAUAAUAUAAUAUAUUAUAAACUUUGUUUUAAUGUAUGCAUAAUAUUUUCUAUUCAUGUGGUACCUACCUAUUAUUAUAGUGUUUAAAUUUAAUUUCUUAAUUUUAACAUAUUAUGUAAUAUAUAAAACUAAAAUUAAAUCAAAACUAUUAGUCUGGACAAUUUAUUUGUAUACAUUCCACGUCAAAUUCAAAUUUAUUUUCAGAAUUAUUAUUCUUAUCGCUUCAUUAGAUACAUCCAUUAGAUUACAAGCAAAUUGGUCAAAAUAUUGUUAUGUUGCGCGUGCGUAUAUGUGUUCGUCAACAGGUAUUACGGUAUCUACGACUAUCCCUUUCGUAAUUAUUUUUCAACUAUGCUACUCAUAAAUUAACAUAAAAUUAACUUAUAUUGACACAUUAUUUCUAUAUUGUAAACAAAAUAGUAAAUUCUUUGAAAAACACUAAAUAAAUUCAUUUUUUUCUACCUGAUAAUAUAUUAAUUUACCUACCAAUAUGGCCUAUUAUUAGAUAAAUUUAGGUUAAAUAAUUUUGAGUAUUUUGAACUAUAUUCAAUCUUACGGUUUUUACUUUUUACUUUCUCGUUUUGGAGUCUUACAAAAUUGAAGCAAAUGAGUUAUUAGUUUAUAAUAAUAAGUAUUUAAGUAUUUAAUUAUUUAACAUAUUUGGAUGUUCGAUUUAUUCUGAAAUCACAUACAUAUGUUUAAAUAAAUCUUAAUUGUGCAAUUUUUUUUUAAAUUUUGAUUAAUGUGGUAGAUAUAAGAACUUCUCUUAUACAAAUUAUAAUUUCUAUGUUCCGUCCGGCUGUAGUUUUGUUCGAGCGAUUAACUGUAAAUGAAUCCACGGCUAUAAAUUAUUAUUAGCGUAACAUUUAAAUUUUAAAUAGCUCACCUAUACGUUUCUUACGUAGCACUUUCAAAUUGUAAUCAUUGUGGUUAGCAUAAUUUGAAAUACAUUUGUGAUUAUUGUCCUACCAAAACUUGUUAUUUUUUAAUGAAAGCAUCAACUAAAUGAAUAUAAUAUUCGGUGUUCAUUUAUUUUUAUUCAUUUUCAAUGUUAAACUGCAGAAUAUACAGAUACUGGAUUCUUGUUUUAUUUAUAGUUUACUUCGUAGGAAAAAUUAAACGAACAAUUAUAAAUAUUUACUGUACAACUAAUGUCUACUUUGUAUAUAAGGCUUUUUUGAAAAUUUUAUCUUUACAAAUUUUGAUCUUGGAAUCAUUAUACUUAUUACAUAUAUAUAGCUUUAUUAAAAUAUUGCGAAAUUAUAGAAUUAUUUUUUCAAAACCCAAAAGUAUAAUAAAGGUGACUAUUAUAACUUCGGUUUAAUCCAUUUUCAAGUUACACAAAUAACAAAUGUAAAAAAAACUGACAUAUUCGCACUAUGGGUGCAGCCACUAUUUUAGAUGAGAAGUUAGAAAGGUAGGAUACAGAGGGGAAUUUAAUGAAUUUGUAAGCAAAGAUAAGUCAUUGCUAACGAAAAACGAUUCUGAGUGGAGCUCGAUUAAUGGUAUUGCUUUUACAACAAUAUAUAUGGAAAUGCAAUAUAUUAUAGUAAAAUAAAUAUAUACCUAUAUGUACAUAUAUAUUGAAACAAUUCGUAACUAGAUUUGUUCCACAUGAUGUUUACUCAAUUGAUUUUCGUCAAUAUUUGAUAUUAAAAUUACUUAAUAAAAAAAAUUCUACAUUAAGCUCAAAUUUUUUUUUUUGGAUCACAAAGUAUUUCUUUUAAUGAACCUCCUGUCAAAUUUUUAAACACUUAUGUUCAGCUUAACAAUUUUACUACAGAAUAACUACUAACCUAACCUACCGAAUAAAAAUGACGUACAAAACUCCCAAAAUUAAAAUGUCUAUAAAAAGCUCAAAAAUGGCUAAAAUGUUUUGAAAUUUUUACUGUGUCUUUAAAAGGCAAAUUUUAUUUUUCUGUUUAAAUUUCAAGUCUCUGCAAAUAUUUUUGACUGAAUUGCGAAAAAAUUAAAAUUAAUAAAAACAUAAUUUUCGUAAAUUUCCCGUUUUUCUUACGUUUUAUCUGCUUGGAAAAUUAAAAAAGUGAUCUCCCUUAAGUAUCAUCUAGACAAUAUUUUCUUUCAAAAAUGGUGCCACACUUACAUAUCGGAUGAAGAUUUCUGGUAUACAUUUUUGUCACAUAAAAAAUAAAAUAAAUAAAUAAAUAAAAACAUUUUUUAAAAAACAAUAUAUUUUUCGCCACACUCAGAAUCUAAAAACUUUCUAAGUACAAUAGUAAGUUACAUCUGAAUAUCAAAAAGAGACUAAUUAAAAUAUAUACAUGGAGUAUCGCAGUAUAUGAAUGUGAAACAUAUGGUUAAUUAAUGAUGGUGGAAAGAAAAAACUUUCGAGAUGUAGUGCUGGAAGCGUGUGGAAAAGAUAAGUUGUAUGGAGAGAAAAACAAAUGAAGAGGUACUUGUAGAACUAUGGGAGAAAAACGUACUCUUGUUCCAAUCGCAUCUAUGUAUGCUCAGAUGUGAUAAAACAAGACGCUGGAAAAUUGUGAGACAUGCCCUCUAAGACACUCAGAAGAGUUUGUACAAUAUUAGAGGGUAUGAUUAAAGGGAAGAAAACUGCAUGACGUCCUCGAAACUCUUGUAUAGGACAAAUUAAAUGCGAGGCAAAAGUCAAUACUUUUAAGAAGCUUAAAGAAAAGUCGAACAAUCGGUCGGAUUGGAUAAUUGAUGUUGUGAACCAACCUGUUUCAACAAUACAAAAACCAAUAUAAAUAUGAUAUGUAAAAAUAAAAUUGCAAUUCUAUAAUGUCUUAAUAUAUUAAUCAAGUAGGUAUAAAAUAUACCUUUAUAAUAAUCUAAUAAAACUUAAUGGCAGGUAUAUUCUACGUUUCAACAUCGUCUUUUUAUUAUGUACGUGUAUUUAAUCGCAUUAAAAUUGUAGGAAAUAUUGUUUAAGUAAUUUUAAAUUUAUUAAGUAACUACUAUAGUUUCAGUGUUUUACUAUUAUCAGUUUACCGAAUUAAAAAAUUGUUAAAUGGUCAACCACAAACAUUUGGAAAGAAAAAAAUAUAAACAUUAAAUAUUUAAACAAUUAAAAUAUUAUUAGAAACAAAGUAACAAGUUUAUAUCAAUUUAAAAUUAUUGUAACAUUUCCUGUACAUAAUAUAUAUGUGUGUUUCAAUAAUCUCAAAUGCAUCACAUUUAUUGGAUUUGAUAUAUUUUUUAUAUUUUAAAUUACUAACGACCCAUAACCACCUAUUCGUCACAUUUGAUAUACGGACUCAAUGAUCUUGCCAUUAAAGUAUCAAACGGUUUUCUCCAAUUAGUUCUCGUUCGUUAUCACAUUAUUCUUACAUUUUUUUCAUUUAUUUAUUAUACCAUCAAAAUCUUUACAUCUAUCACUGUUAUUAUUUGGAAUUUAAUUGAAUUGCAAUUGUGUUACUAUAAUAUUUAUAGUAUUUAUAGUAUACUAGUAUUGAUAUCACUAACUAUUAAUUAUUAUUACUUGUUAAAAUCAUCUUAAUAUUGUAUUCUUUACUCUAGUGAUGGGAACAAUCGAAUAAUUUCAACAAUCGAGAAGUGAGUAAUCGAGAGGUUAUAACAAUCGAGAAAUUCACUCGAAAAAAUCUCUCGGUCAAUUCAGUAUUUCAUUACACUCAGCUUCUCGAUACUCUGUACAACUCGCAUUAUUCAAUACUCGCCAGAGGCUUGACAAUAAUUGUCAAGCUAAUUAUUAGCUCUUCAAUUAAUUAUUAUUACCUAUUAAACAUUUUAGAAAAGAAAUAUAAUAACGUGUAGGUAGGUACCUACACGUUAUUCACAAUGUUAGUUGUUGUACAACAACUAACAUUACUAAUUUGCAUUCAAUUGUUUUAUGUUUUAGAUUAAGACACCAGUCGAUUUAAUUUCGUGAGAAUUACUCGCCGAUUAUUUUAUCACUCUAUUGAUUUAGUUAUCACUCAACUUCAGUUGAUUUCGAUACCUAGUGCGUCACUCGAGAAUUAUCGAAAUAAUCUAGUAAAUCUAACAAUCGGGUAUUUCGAGUAAUUUCUCUCGAUUGUUCGUUCCCAUCACUACUUUACCCGUGAUAAGUGUUUGUAAUGUAUUUAUAUUGUUACCGCCCGUCAAUCUGCAGAAACGUGAAUAAUACGAAUCGCAUAAAAUGCAUGCCAUUGAUGGAAAAACCCCGUAUUUGGCAACCCUAAAUCAUAACCACCUAUUAUAAUAUUAUUCCUAUACCGACUGCCAACAUCUCGCCUUGGGUCGUAAUAAUAUUGUCGCAUUAUUAUUGACGAGCGGACGUUACUAAAUCAUGCGUAAUAAUAAUACAUGCCUAUACCUAAUAAUGAAAACGGGUCUGCAGCGGGUCCUGCUGCGGUCGAAAUCGAACGGCGCUUUGUUUUAGAGAUACACCGUGACUACGUGUUAGCCAAUUAAACAAUGCACACCGAAAACCAUAAAAGACACACAGCUCUGAUAUUUAAAAUUAUUUCAGAACCUUGGGGUCUAAUAACACUGUAUAAUAAUAUUAUGUACUCGCUAUACGUUAAAAAACGAUGCACACAACACGGCCGCCGUGUCACAAUAAAUUUCUUCUACGGUCGGCGGCGGCGCGGGUAUACGUGCGACCACUGCGGUGUACCUAUCGAUUUCACAACAGCGUUGUUUCCGUAUGUAACCGAUAAUGUAUUUUGUUAUCUCGAUCGUUGUCUUUUUAUAAUAUUAUUAUGCGCCAUCGACUUCGUCGUUUGUAUAAGAGCGUGCGGUUUUCACGUUGGCUAAACAAGGCCGGUGUACCCAUGUUAUUAUAAUGCCCAUGUAACACAGUAUAAUAUCUUUAUAGGUAUUGUACAAUACACAAAAUGUACAAUAAAAUAUUGAAUGGCUACACAAUUUGUUUCUACUCUGCUAUACCUAGCAGUGUGUUCUAUGGGUUAUACCAUACUCAUUAUUAACAUUCGAAGAUACACUUUUGUUUGUUUUUUUUUUUUUUUUUUGUUAUUAUAAACAUAAUAUUAUAUAGAUUUAUACGACAGGGGCGUUGCAGACAAGACGCAUUUAUUUCGCCUUAUAUAUUGUUGUUUAUACGUUUUGUUUUUUUCUUUUUCUAAACCGCAGGGCUUAGAAGUUUUGCAAUUCGACACACAAUAGAUUUAUACUAAUGUAUAAAUUAUACAAAAGAGAUCUUGUUCUAGAAUGGAUUAUACAGGGUGAUACAUUUAUUACGAUCUAGCGAUUUUCUUGGAGGAUUUUAAGUGAAUUUGAUUUUCGGGGUCUUUUUAUUCAAAUAUGGAAUAAUUUGAGCUUUAUUUCAACACUAUUUUCAGAUUUUGAUCCCUAAUCCCUAUGUCUUCAAUGCAGUGUAAUAUUUACGAGUGGGUGGGGUCCAGGGAUACUGGGUUCAGAGCCAGAGAAUCAAAUCCGAUAAGUGUUCCUGCAACAUAGUUGAGUAAUGAGCAUAAAAAUUAUACAUAAUAUAGUCAAGUCGUUAUGAUGAUAAUAUGGUUCCCUGCUGUGGUUAUAAAUAUUAAGAGCGGUGGAUGUGAUCAUAGAGGAGUGUGUCAACAAACAAAUUUGAAAAUAAUGUUAAGGUAAAACUUAAAUGUUUCCAUAAUGAUUGAAAAAAUAGAAAUCAAAUUCACUUAAAAUCCUAAGAGAAAAUCGAUGGAUCAUGGAUGAAUUAAUUACUCUGUAUAUAGGACAAAACUUUUAUAUCAUACCACACAAAUAUUUUGUAUUGAUCUCAAAUAUUUCUGAAAUGUAUAUUUACAUUAUGUAGGUACUACCUAAACAUAUAUAUAUAUAUGUGUGUGUGUAUUAUAAUUCAUCAAAACCGGAAAAAUAUUGACUUCUGGUUAUUUUUCAUUUCAAAAAAUUGUGUAAUAUACUUUAAGUAGGUAAAUGCCUAUUAUAGUUAUAAAAUAGUUUUCUCUAUAAACUCUUCUAAAAAUUAAACUCAAGACUCCUUUGAAAUAUUGUAUAUCUAAACCUACACAAUUACACAACCGUACACAUCAGCCAUGUUGAUUAGGUUAGGUUAGGUGGACCCAUGUAAAAGUACGGAAUAACGGGUUUCCGGAAUUUUUAUUUUCAAACCGUAUUUGUACGGAUAACAUGUUUCCGGAAUGUAUACGCUCGGACUGAAUAUUGUCGGAAAAUAAAUUAUUAAUUACAAACCGUAUAACAUCGAAAUCUUGGAAAACGUUUGAACCAUUUUUGCAUUCUCGGAUAUACACAACCGGGUGCGUAUUACCAAACCUUACAAUGUCCGUAUAUUUUUCUACCUUAACCACGUUUUUAGAUUCGUAGUGGAGUGAGGAAUGUUUUGGUUUUAAAAUGAUGUUUAUUUUUUUUCCUAGGUAUGCCACUGCUCCCCCCCCAUCUCCCUAAACGAGCAUCAGCUAGUAGAUUGGUAAUAAAAUGAGAAUAUUUAGAAAACUAGCUCCAACAAGCCUUAAUAUUUGCUAUUAAAAAUAACUACAAGAUCGUUAGAAAAUCAAAAUGAUUUAUUUCAACCGCAAAAAUAUUAAAGAAGAGCCACUAAAAUAAAAGUAAUGUAACUCCUUAGAACUAUUUAUUUCGUAAGUUGUCAAAAAAAAAAAAAAAAUCGAAAAAAUUCAAUAUUUUCCGAGAUGAUGAGUGUCUUAUAGGUUCUAUAAUAUAGAUAAAUCUGUGUAGGAUUUAUUAAUUUCUAUAAUUUACUAAAGCGAUCGGGACUAGCAACGGUACGCGUAACUACCUAUAUUUUUUCCACGAAAUCCAGUUUUUAAUUACGGAUCGGAAAAACCUGUUUUCCGGAAUUAUACGUCCAUGACUAUAUUUUUUUUUCGCAAUACAUACUAUCCGGGUUUAUAAGGUUUCCGGUUAAAUACAGCGAGAGUGUUUACAAUCCGGGAACAAACAAUCCGUACAAAUACGUUUUACAUGUUUUUCGAUUCGAGAUUUUUACCGUCCGUGACUAUACGAAUCACAAAUUUUCUUUUUCUGCAGUUCUACAUUUUGUAAAAAUACACUUUUAUUUUGGAACUAUACAAUCCGAGCAAAUACAUUCCGAGAUUUUACGGCUUCCCGGUUAGGCGGACAUGAAGGUUUGUAUUUUACCCUUUUUUUUUUUAUUGUCGAUAGAAAAAUUAGUAAAAAUUUAAUAAUUCUCAAAAAUAUCUAUUAUCUAGAGAUCACUAUUGUUUAACCACGCGUACCGAUUAUGUACAUCAAGGUAUUAUUUUCAUUUGCAGAUAUUCGCACUGCAGUCGCCAUGUCGGAAUACCACGGAGACGCCAAAUACCGACCGAAACGGUAUCAGUCUAUUGGCAAGUUGUUCAAAAAGCGUAUACCAAUUGUUUCUUGGCUACCCAAGUACGAUACAGAUCAAGCUGUCAGCGACUUGAUCGCCGGGGUCACUGUUGGACUAACCGUCAUGCCCCAAGGGCUGGCGUACGCUACGCUCGCAGGUCUAGAGCCGCAGGUGAAAAAUAUUUUUGAUUUCGAUUAAAAGUACUUAUUAUACUGUAAUAAUAUUUUCAAAUUUGAAAUAAAAGAACUUUUUAAGAAAACUCGUUGUUGUAAUAAUAUAGGUUAUAUGUUAGGUAUAGAUAGAACUUUAUAUGUAGCAAAAAUUGAUGAAAUAUACCCAAAACAAUUCUUAAUAUUCUCAAAAUAUUUCUAAUACUCUCGAAAUAUCCAGAAAAAAAAAUUAAUUGAUUGUUAUUUAAAUUCUUAAAUAUAUAAUUUAUUUAUUUAUUUAAUUUAAUAUAUAAUUCAUAACUUUAUAAUCAUUUAUAUACACAAUUUAUAUUCUUAGCAAUUCUCACUUCUAUUAAAAAGUCUAUAAAUAGAUUGAGUAUUAAAAUAAAUUUUAGUGUUGAAACUUUUGAUUUCUGUCGAUCUGUUAACGAGAUAUACCACUUAAUUUUUGGUUAGAGGAAAGCCGUAGUGGUGUAUUAUUAACACCCCGCGUGCCGUACCGUCCCACUCAUGAUACACCACUACUCUCCUCCAACCCAAAUUUAGAAGUGGAAUAUUUCGUAAACGGAUCGACGAAAAUAAAACAUUUCAACACUAAAAUUUAUUUUAACUAAUACACAAUCUAUUUAUGGAAUUUUAAUAUAGGUUGCCAUUUGAAAAUCAAAAGUAGUUAGUUGUUUACCCACAAAAAUAAGGAUGAAAAAAAAAUAACACUAGUAUAAAAUUGUAGAGCAACUUGCUUUUUAAAUGUUCCAGAAAACAAAUUCCGGAAAAAGUUAAUACUUUCCGAGAUAAUGAGUUCAAUGAAUCACCUGGUAUAAAAGUAUAUCAUUGUCAUAACUUUUAAAGUCAUAAUUAAAUAUAUUUAUAUGUAAGUUAAUAGGUAUGGUCAUGAGUUAGAGUUAAGGUUUUUUUUUAUUUAUCUACAUAGGUUUUAUAAAUAAUGUUUGUGUUUCUAUUAGUGUAAUUUAUUAAUAUUAUUUUACUGUCAGUUUUUUUUUUUUUUUUAUGUAAUGAGUUGUGAAAAUUUUAAUGAUUGUACCAUUUAAAUUUAAUAUUCAAAUAAAAAGAGAGUAAAUUUACAUGUAAAUAUUUGUCAACAUAACAGGCAAUAAACAGAAUGAUCAUGUUUUCUUUCAAUCAUUUAUUUUUUUUUUUAACUUUUAACGUUUAACAGCUGAGCAGCAUCGAUGAGGUUCGUUGAUUAUGUAUACAUCUGUUAUAACGCCAUAUUAAUUUUAAGUGUCAAAACUAGAAUAUUAAGCUUUAUAGUCACAAUUUAAAAAAAAAAAAAUAACAAUUAUAUUGAGAGUAACCUUUGGUUACAAAAUAAAUAAAUUUAAAUGUAUAUAAAAAAAAAGAACAUACUUCACACGACAGCUGAGCAAUUAUUGUAGGUUAAGAGUUAGAGGAUACAGAGAGUAAUUUAAUUUAUAUUUGUACCCUUGGUGUGCUACGUUAAAUUGUUGAUAAAAAAAGAACACGAUUCAGAGCAAAGUUUGAUUAUAUAUUUUGAAAGAGCAUAAUAUUUACGAUUUAAAACUCUUAUAAAAAAAAAGUACUUCAUUAAACUUAGUUUUUUUUAUCGCACAGUACAACUUAUAAUAAAGCUCCUGUCAAAUUUCUCAGCAUUUCAGUUAAGUCGUAAAAAUUUUAUCCACAGAGUACCUACUGAAUAAAAAUUACAUAAAAAAAACUCGCAAAAUUAAAAUAUUCAUAAAUAGUUCAAAAAUGACUUAAAUAUUUCGAAAAUAUUACCACUUCUAGAAAAAGUAAACAUAGUUUUUUUGUCAAAAUUUUAAGACUGAAUAUUUUCAACUGAUUUAAAAUUUAAAAAAAACAGAAUUGAAAACAAAAGCCUUAUUUUUGUAAAUUUAAUAGUUUUUCCUAAUCAUUAUGCAAACCUCUUGGAAAAUCAUAAAAUGACCUCACUAAAGUACCAACAAGAUUAAUUUUCUUUUCUAAAAAAGGUACUACAUUUUGAUACAUCGGAGUAAGAUUUCUGGUAGAAAAGUUUUUCGCAGUAUAUAAAAAAAAAAUACAUAAUUGUAAAUAUAAAAUUACAAAAAUAUAUAUGAAAAAAUAAUCUUAGUUAUUAUUUUAUUCAGUUGACUAAAAUUUUUGAAUAUUUUGGUGAAAAUAAAUAGUUAAAUAGUUAGGUUUAUUAUAAUAUUACUGUUUUAACUGUUAAAUGUAUUUGGAUAUGGUAACUUGACAAAGUUGAGCUAGUAUUUAAUAACUUGAUAUGUAUGAGAACUAUACCUAAAUACUUUAUAUACAAUAUAUCUGUGUUUAUUUUUAUUUUACAUCUGAAGUAUGUUUUGUUGAAAUACAUAUAUUAUAACUAAAAUAGCUUAAUUUUUGUAGUUAAUUAAAACUAUUUUUAUUAUGUGGUAAUGUACAAACAUUAAUUUAUUUUGAUCAAAAGAAGUUUGAAAUAAUACAAAGAUAGGUGUCAAACAUAUGUGUACUCUCUUUGCAGUCAUAUAAAAAACUUUGUUUUUAAUUAAAAGUUACAUUAACAUAAUGCAACUUUAUGUGUUAGUAAAAUUAAUCUUAUUUAAUGCAUAAAAGUAAAAUAUUUUUUCUUAAACAAAUAAUUAUAACUUAUAACAUGUACCUAAUAUUUAUAUUGUUUUUUUUUUUUUUUACAGUAUGGUUUAUAUUCUGCAUUUGCUGGAUGUAUUGUUUAUACAGUGUUUGGUAGUUGCAAAGAUAUCACCAUCGGACCAACUGCAUUAAUGGCACUUAUGACUUACCAACAAGUUUUCAAUAGAAACUCUGACUAUGCUGUGUUAUUAUGUUUUUUGUCUGGGAUUUUACAAUUCAUUAUGGGAUCACUUAAAUUAGGUAUGUAUUUAGUUAAAAAAAAAAAUACAUAUAUAUUAUAAUAUCAAUAUUUAAUUAAUUUUAAUAUAAUAUAAUAUUUAGUUAAUCCUAUUCAUCUACUUCGUAAAAUUAGGUUUUUACAUUUUUUUAAGCACUGUCUAAAUGUUUCUUUUAGUAACAUGAAGAAACAUACCACCUUCAGGGUUUGCUGGUAUCGUUUUUGGAUUUAAUUUUAUUGGCAAUUUCAUGUUUUGGGGUAGUGAAAUAUCAUAAGCUGAUAAUAUUCUGACUAGUGCAACUUUUACUUGCAUCAUUCCAAACCGCAUACCUAAAACAAAUAUAAAAUUUUUUUCAAGAUUAUAACUAAACAAUUAAAAGAUUUUUACUUUGAUGGUUUAUUUGAAUAAAUGAAAAAAAGAAAAAGAGAAAGUACAUGAUGAAACAAAAAUUAAUAUUAAUGAUAAAUGACAAUACAUGUUUACUAUUUCUAUUUUGUAUGUGUAUUUUUCUAUAGAAAAUAUACAAACAAAAUUCAAUUUUAUCUAUAUACAUAUAUAUAUUUAAAAAUAAAAAUGAAUAUUAAGAGAAUCUUAAUUUUUAAAUUUAAAUGUGAUACAAAAAUAUUGAAAAAUAGAAGAGAAAGUGUGGUGGCUGUAGCCAAUGUAGGAUCAUAAGAUUGCAAACUGAACAUACUAAGAAAAUUGUUAAUACAAGUGAGUUGUUACUUUUUAAUUUAAUUUUAAUACAUAAUUACCAAUACAAAGUCUGGGGCCAGCACCAAAUGGCAAAUAUGCAUAUUGUGGUCUAUUACGUUUUUCUUCGUCAGUAAAUCUUUCUGGAAUAAACUUUUCUGGUUCUGGCCAAUAUUUAGGAUCAUUAUGGAUACCAUAUACUGGUAUGACUACCUGAAGACCUUUAGCAAGAGUAAAAUCUGAGUCCGGGAAUUUAUAAGGUUUUACUGCUUUCCUGGUUAAAUUAGGAACUGGUGGGUACUUCCGUAAAGCUUCUAUAAACAUAAAAUAUUAAUAUUAAUAUUUUAAUAUUUAAGUCAAAUUUUAUUUCUUUAUCAACCUGAUACAAUCAUAUCUAAAUAGGUCAUUUCUUGUAAUAUUUCAUAUGUCAGUUUUCCAUCAUAUUUGCUUAGUACUGAAUCAAUCUCUUCUUGAGCUCUCAUUUGUACUUCCUGGUUCUGAGCAAGUUCAAAGAAAGUAAAUGUUAACGUAAUCGACGAAGUUUCAAAUCCUCCAAUAAACCACACAAAACAUUGUGCCGCCAAUACAUCCAUAGUAAAUUCAAAAUCUAUAAUUUGACAUGUGGUUUAGUUAAACUUUACAAAAUAAAUACAAUUUGUGUAUACCUUCUUUGUUGUUUUCUUGUUCGAAUAUGGAUUUACUGUCUUCUUCAGAGGCUAAAUUUUGGCCUCUUUUAAUUUUCAGCAAUAAAUCCAGAAAGUCAUUUCGUUGUAUAUUGUUCUCUUCCCUAUAUUUGACUGUGUCAUUAACUACAUUAAAAAAAAAAUCAGCAUACUCUUUUUUGAUACUUCGUACUUUUAAUAACCCAAUUAAAUUUGGUGCGAGUGCAUUCAAUGCAUUUCUUAUUAUGGUUUCCAAACUAGUAGAGAAUAACAUUCUACCAACUUUUCGGAAUUCAGCAUUUGGGUUUGCCAACGAAUUUGUUUCAAAUCCAAAAGCAACAAUACUGAUAACAUCGGUUGAAAAUCUAGCUAGAAGUUCUUUAAAUUCUACCUAAAUUAAAACAAAAUAAAUAAUAUAUUUAUUAAAUUUACACAAUAUCUACUGUAACAAUAAAUGUAUUUAGGUGAAUGUGAACAGUUCAAUAAUUAAUAAUUAGUAAUUAUAUAUAUAAUAGAUUUAAAUAGUUCACUUGAUCGCCAAUGUCAGCAGAUGAUCCAAGAAUCUUAACCAUUUCUUGAGCUCUACCUUCUAUGAGAUCAAUCAUGUUCUUUAUUUUGCUUAUGGUAAACGCUGGUGUUAAUUUAUUUCUUAAAACUUUCCAUUUAUGGCCUUCCAAUGUUAAUAAAUUACCAGUCAAUGGUUCUAGUUUAUCAUUAAAUACUAUUCCACGAUUUGGAAAAGUUGAAAAUUCUUUGGUAAACACAUCUCUUAUAAUAUCUAAAUCUCUAAUCAUAAGCUUUGGCUUUUGAAAUUGAUAGAACCCAGCAAAUUUAUAACCAUCAGUAUUAUAGUAUAUAUUGGCAUAAUGUUCUCCCACCCAUGUUUUCAUUUCAGUUACCUCCCUAGUAUGUCCGAAUAUUAUAUGGGGUUUCAAUGGAACAGGGCAUCCUUGACGUUGCCAAAAUGUAUAACGGUAUUUUAAAUAAAAAAAAAACACUAUAGAAAUUAAUAUGGCAUAAACCCCUAAACUUAAUACAAAACUACCAAAUAAAAUCAUGUCUCCUGUAAAUAAAAAAAAAACCAUACAAUUAAUAAUGAAUUGUUUUUUUGCAAAACUUAAUUAUAAAUAAUUUCAGACACAGUAUGAUUCUGUGGCGUUCAGUUCAUUUCUUAUUUAUUAAUAAAUUAAAAUACAAUAUUAGCUUUAAUUAAAAUAUAGUAUGUAAUAAUAAUUAUUUAAAUUUGUAUUGAUAUUUCUUACUAUUUAUUAUGAGUUGCAAUACUGUAAAAGUUAUUAUAAUAAUAUUAUAAAUAAUUUUAUUUUGUUUGGUUAUUUUUUCCUAUUUUAAUUUUUAAUAGUUAAUAAUAUAAAUACUAAAAUACAAUAUUUAAAAUCUAUGUGAACAUAGAUAAAAAUACUCUAGUAGGUAUUUAAGUUACAUAUUAUGUUUAAAUGAUUUGUUGAAUUGGAUAUUCAUAAAACCCUAUAUGUAAUAAUAUUUAAAAUUAUUUACCUCCUUAUAUUAUUGAUAUUUUCAUUAAACUCUUCUAAAAUUGUAAUAAAUCCAAUUUAUCUUUUUGGGUAAGAUAUCAUAAAAUUCAAAUCUAGUGCUUCUUAUUUGCAACGCUAUAUGUUUCUACUAAAUGUACAUGUCUAAUUUCUUUAUUAAUACCUAAUCAGUUUUAGACCUUGUUAUAUAAUAAAUAUUACUAGUAUCAAUAUGUUGAUAUUUUUUUUACUUUAAUCAAUAAAUAAAUUAAAUUUGUAGAUUUAUAUGAUUAUCAUGACCUUAUGACACAAUCAGUUUUUAUAUAAGCAUAUAAGUUCAAUAGUUCAUUAUAACAAAAUAAAUGUUUUAUAAGAUAAAAACAUUGAAUACUAAUUUAAAGAUUCAAAACUUGUAUUGCUAUAACUAAUACUGUGUGUUUUGUUGUUUUAUAAUCUUUUUUUAAUCCAGUAAUGAUUUAUGCCUAUCAUUUGAUAUUAUACUAGGAAGAUUAAUGUGGUGGUUUCCUUAUAUUGUAUUACUAUGAAACUAUGUUCUCAGAAACUUUACUUUUAUGGUCAUUUUUUUGCACUUAGGUAUUGCAUAUUUUUGCUUUGGUAGUUUAAAAUUGUUGAAAAAUUGUAUUAUUGGUAAUUUUUAAAUAUAACCAGUGUUAGGCAUAAAUAAUAAAAUAAUUAUCUAGAUAAGAUAAUAAGAUAUAUUUCAAUUUAAGCAUCUAGAUGAGAUAAUAGAUAAAUUUAAAUAAAAUUAUCUAGAUAAUACUUUGAUAGUUGUAUAAAAUAACCAUAGCUGAUUAUAAAAAAAAAAGAUAAUUAUACAUUUAAUAGACGUUGAUAUUAUUAUUAUUCUUUAUCAUUCUCAUAUUAUGAUUCUUUCAGUUCUUGAGCAAAAUUGUCAGUUAUAUGAAUAUCAUCCUGCAGUUGACGUUUACAUGUUACGAUGUUACUGUUUUUUGUAUACAUUUUCUCAUAAUUCUUAAAAAGUUAUACAGUUUUACUAAAAGUCCAAAAACAAAAAUUAAAAUCCUAAUCGGGGUAUAAAUGUUGACUUGAAACAUUGAUCAUUUACAAUCACGGUCAGCAGAUUCUAUUACUAUCAGCUGAUAGCUGCUAUUUUACAGAAUUUAGAAUGGUAAUAUUGUGGUACACUGAGUACUACCGUAUACCGUAUGUUUACUAACCUCAAAAAUUGGCUAAUCAAAGUGUCAAAUUAUUUUCCACAAAACAUGGUUCAUGAUUAAUGUUAUCAUAGUGCAGUUUAUUGUGCAUGAAUAAUAUUGUACAUAAAGAAAAUAUAGACAUUAGAGAAAAUAAUUAUUUAGAUAAUUUUAAAAUAUCAUCUUUUCUAUUAUCUAGAUAAGAUAAUAGAUGACAAUUUUAAAAGUUAUCUAGAGGAGAAAAAAUUUAUGAAAAAUGUAUCUAUGUAAUUUAGAUAAUGCCGAACACCGAAUAUAACUAUAUAUUUAUAACUACUAUUGAUUAUUUGUAUUAUAUUUAUAUUAUAAGCAUUUUUUAUUAAAAUAUAUAAUGUCUGGUAUCUAUCUAUAUUUAACAGGCAUUUUGUUAUUACAUCCAGCUUUAUUGUUGAACAUUUUGCCAUUUUGGUAAAAAUAAGAUUUUAUUUUAUAAAAAUUAUACCUACUGUAAUUGUAUAAUACAUGUUUUUAAAAAGUGUCUUGAAGAAUUAGAAAUCAGAAAUUAAAUAAUAGUUGUAAAUUUAAAACUUAAAAAAAAAAAAAAAAUCUUCAUUUGUAAAUUUAUUAUAAGCUUAUAAUAAAUGUCAAUAUAAUUUUGAUUUCUUAAUUUUAGUUCUCUACUCAAAAGUAUAUACAAAAGAAAUCAAAAUCUCUGAAUCAGGCGAUUUAACUCAAAUAACAUGAUGUUUAUUCAUCUAUUUUUUUCAACAAUAAUUAAUAAUUAACAACUAUAUACUUAAAAUUUAUAACAUACUUACCUUUACAUGUUUUUAGUGAGGAAUUUUUUAUAAAUGGUUGAAAAAAAACUACAUUUUGUAUUUUAUGUAUUCAUAAAUUUAAACUUUGUUAAUAUAUUAUCAAUAUUUAUUAUUGAUUUCAACUUAAUAAAAAUAAAUCUGACAUAAACAAAAACUUAGUAGCAUAUUUCAUAGUAUAUAUUAUAUUUUUUUAAGUAUUAGCCACUUAAAUAAUUUUUGUAUUUUAUUCUAUUACCUUUAGUUUAAAUUAUGAAUGUUGUUCAAAAGUAUUCACAUAAAUAUUUUAUUUCAGGUGUAUUAAUUGACUUUAUUUCUAUCCCAGUGACUGUUGGUUUCACAUCAGCUACAUCUGUUAUUAUAGCAGUAUCUCAGCUGAAAGGUCUCCUUGGAUUGAAGUUUGAAUCGAGUAGCUUUAUGGAUUGUGUAUUGAAAGUAUACCAGAAUAUUGGUAAUUUCAAUCCCAAUGAUACAAUUCUAGGAGUUGUUUCUAUCAUCAUACUACUAUUGCUCAGAGUAAUUAAUCUGUUCGAAUGCUAGAUUAAUUUUAGGUUAAUUCAAAUUUAACACUCAUAUUACACUAUGCUUAGAAACUGAAAGACAUCAAAUUAUUUGGUCUCAAUGGUAAGCCAUCUAGCAAACAAAAGACAAUUAUGAAAGGACUGUGGCUGCUAUCCAUAUCCAGAAAUGCUCUAAUUGUGCUUGCUUGUUCAGUAAUGGCAUAUUGGUGUCAUUCUCCUAAUUCCAAACCUUUUGUCACUUUAAUUGGUAAAUAAUAAAAUGUUAUUUUAUAGAAUAUAUAUUUUAUACAUUAAAAUGAUUUACAUUUUUGUAUUAUGCAAAGGUGUAAUUUUAAAAUAUUUUUUAGUUAGGUAAUGGAAAUAUUAUUGUGUCAGGUAUCUAUUUCAAAGACUUUUAUUUUAUAUUAAUAUUUAAAAAAAAUAUGCUCUUUCAACCUUUAUUGAUUAGAUAUCUAAUUUCUAUAUUAUUUAUCUGAAUGUUAUAACCAGUAAAAAAAAAUACCAGUUGGAAAUAUAUUUGAAUACAUAAUACCAAUACACAUCAUAUCUAUUUAUAUAAUACUAACAAUAUUACUCCUAAAAUUAUGAAAAAUUAAAAAUUAAAAAAAAAAUUAGAAUUUUAUUUAUAAAUAUUAAGGUAUCAUUAAUAUUAAAGUAUGUAAAUAAAAUUAUAAUAUUGUAAACAUAUUAAUACAUUUCAUAUGAACUUUAAAUUUUGACUAAAUAACCUAAUGAUUAUGUAUAAAAUCAAAAUGUUAUUUUUGGUCUUUAUUUUUUAAUGUUAAAUUUAUAAAUUUUAAAAAUGGUACCUUAACAAUUUGAAAUUAUCUUUGCUGUUAUUAAAAUAAAAUGAUUUCUUUUAUACUAAAAUAUUUUCAAAACAUAUAAAACUUACUAGUUUUGAAUUGUAAUUGUUUCUGAAAUUGACUUUAAUUUAUUAACAUAAAUUUGUUUUUAAAAGGAAAUGUAAGAUCUGGUUUGCCACCAUUGCAAUUUCCACCAUUUAGUACGGAGUUAAAUGGCAAAACUGUUGGGUUUAUUGAUAUGUGUUUGGAUCUCGGAAGUUCCAUUAUAUUAGUGCCAGUGAUUGCUGUUCUUGGAAAUGUUGCUAUCGCCAAAGCAUUUGGUAUGUAGCAUGCACAUUCAUUAAUCUUUACAUAUUAUAUAAAUUAAUUGUAUCAUUUCUACCUUGGUACUUUGAUGAAGAUAAUAAUUAAUAAUUAUUUGAUUGAUAUUUUAACAGCUAGUGGAAACUCAGUGGAUGCUACUCAAGAACUCUAUUGCUUAGGCGUUUGCAAUUUAUUAGGUUCAUUUGUUUCAUCAAUGCCAGUAACAGGAUCAUUUUCGAGAAGUGCAGUGAAUCAUGCCAGUGGUGUACGCACUCCUAUGGGUGGAAUGUAUACAGGUAAAAUAGUCACUCAAAAUAUGAUUAUUUUAAAAAUGUGUAUUAAGCAUUCAAUAUUCAUAUUUAGGUAUACUUAUUAUUUUGGCGUUGAGUUUAUUAACACCAUAUUUUUACUUCAUACCCAAAGCAGCUUUAGCUGCGGUCAUCAUUAGUGCUGUUAUUUUCAUGAUCGAGUACGAAAUUGUUAAACCCAUGUGGAAAUCAAGUCGUAAGUAAAUUAUUAAUUAAACAAAUAAAGCAAUAUAUGUAUUUCUAAAUAUUUUCAUAUUUUAUUAAUAUGUGUCAACACGUUUUAGUUUCAUUCGGAUAAAUAUAAAAAUAAAAAUUAAGAAAGCCUUGUGAUUAUAUUACAGUUAUUUCUAAUUCUCUAAACCCUAGAAUUUAAAUAACUUUAAAAUAAUCUAAAAUACUUUUUAAAAAUGUAAUACCAUUGAUUAUAUAUAUAUAUAUGUAUAAUAGAUGCACCACACUAAGAAAUAUGCUGGGCUAUAAUAAUAGAAUAAUAUUUUCAUUAUAUAGCGAUAAGUCUCAAAAAUUAAUACAUUUUUAUUUUAUUUUGAGCUUUACCAUAUACUAAAGUUGAUUCAUGUUGUUUGGAAAUAAUCUAAUAUUUUUAAUUUUUGGUUGUGUAAUGACACAAAUAAUUAUAUAAUUAUUAUUAUAGUUAUAAUUAAUAAUUAUUAAAGUAAAUAAAUGUAUAAAUAAAAAAAUUAUUUAUAAAAAUAAAAGAAAUAAAUGAAUUAAUGUGUUGCCUGGAGUAUUAUGAUAAGUGUAUUACUUAACCUAACCGGUUUUGAAUUAUAAAUUCAUCAUCAGGUAUAUCAAUCAAAAUGUAAAACAUGACUGAAUAUAAAAAAUUAAAUGAAGGAAUACAUAGAAAAAAAAAUUUACAAAUUUGUUGUUUUACAUAGAAUAUAGAAAUAAUUUACUUUUAAUAGGAGAGAUUAUUUAAAAUUAGUUAUUAUUGGACAUAGAUAUAUUAAGAAAUAUAAAUUAUUUUACUAUUUAUUAUCUAAAAUGUAUUAAUAUAAGAUAUUAUUUUUAAAAUCGGUUUAAACAUUUAAAAUAUUAUUAAAAUUAUUAUUCUUUAUUUCAUUAUGUAUGUGUAAUUCUUCUAAAAAUGAAUUUAUGUAAAUGUUAUUUUGGGUAUUUAAUAUCUCUAAGUCUGUAUUAAUAUCAAAACUUAUAUUAGGGUUAUUUUCUAAAACAUGUUUAGCAAAAUUUGAAUUAGGGGCAGUCUUUUUUAAUUUUAUUUCAGAAAUGUCUUCUUACUUCUUUAUAUCUUAUUUUAAAAUUUCUAUUUGUCUUAUGUAUACAAUUUAUUAUAGUUACAUUUAAGUUUAAAUAUACCAGCAUUUUUUAAAAAAAAAAAGGGAUUUUUUGUGAAGUUUUUAGUUCUAUUAUUUAUAUGUUUGAUUAAAUUAUUAGUUGUGUUAUUGUUCAGAGUUCUCAGCGAAUUUGUUGGACUUAUUGAUGUUUCAUACUACAAUAGUUAACAACAUUAUUUGCUGAGUUGUAUUAUUUUUUCUUUAAUACGUAUAUGCAUUUUUUUUAAUAGUAUUAUUGAUGUUUCAUACUACAAUAGUUAACAACAUUAUUUGCUGAGUUGUAUUAUUUUUUCUUUAAUACGUGUAUAUGCAUUUUUUUUAAUAGUAUUUAAAUUAAAAUUAUUUCUAUGGCCCAUAUUAUAGAUAACAUUAAGCUCGUGUUGAUGAUUAUGUUUAUUUAAUGGAAUACAUUCAAGCCUAUAGAAUAUUGAAUACAAAAUUAUAUUUUUUGAGAAUUUGGGUGUUUAAAAUCAUGUGGUAUUAUAGCAUCAGUUUGUGUAGGUUUCCUGUAAAUACUAAAAUCAAAUAUAUUUUUUAUUAUAAAAACUGUAAGAUCUAAGAAAUUUAAUUUAUUAUUUAUUUGCAUUUCAAGUGUAAAUUGAAUGUUUUUAUUUAAGUAGUUAACUAAAUUUUUUGCUUGUCUAUUUGAACGUCUAAAUAAAAUUAUUGUCAUCACAUAUCUAAGCUUUUACAUAUGGACUGUAUAUUUUGUUGUUGAUAAUAUUAUUAAUUUCAUAGUUUUGCAUGUAGAUUUUAAAUAAAAGAGCACUCAAAGGACCACCCUUAACUAACCCAUUUUUUUGUGAAUAUAAUUUAUUAUUAUAUUGAAAACAGUUUUGAUUAAUAAUUACAUUUAUUUUUUGAAUAACUUUUUGUACUUUGUAUUAAAUUUAUUACUAUGCAUAAGUUUAUUUUUUAAAAAAUGUACUAUUUCGUAUUUUGGAAUGGAUGUAUACAUUUUAGCAUCAAGAGAAAUCAUUUUGUAACCUAGCAUAAUAUUCAUUUUAUCAGUAAAAUCAUGUGUUUUUAUAGAAGUAUCAGUAUUCAUGUUUAAUUUUAGUUUAAUGAGAAAGUCUAAAUAUUUAGCAAGGUUAUAAGCUGGAGCAGUUUUAUAACUAAUUAAUGGACGAAUCAGAAUAAAUGUAAUUUUAUGAAUGGAUGUAAAUGUGGAGUGUCUAUUUUGUAAUCAGAUUUUAAUAAUAUUUUCUUUUGGACUUUAGGUAUGAUUUUUUUCUAAUUUCUUUAAUGUAAAUUUUAAUAGGAUCAUAUGCUGAGUUGUAACUAUUAUUAUUAUUUAUAAAAUCUAAAGUUUUUUAUGAAUUUCAUUAAUAUAAACGAUAACAAUAGCAUUAAAUUUAUCUACCGAAACUAUUUCUGAAUUAUUUGUUUUUAAUUUAUUCACUAUGUCGUUAAUAAUUGUUUUUUUUAUAGUUUUUAUUGAUACUAUUUAUUAAGUUAUUUCUUGUUUGAUUUUGUUUCUGAAAUUUUAUAUAAUUUAUAAGAGAUUUACAUUGUAUUAAUUGUUGUUUAAAUGAUUGAAAGUUUAUUGUUUGAUAUGUAUCAAAUUUACUACCUUUAUUUAAUAAAUUGUUUUCAGCUUUAUUGAAAAUUAUGGAAGUUAAAUUAGUAACUCGUAGUUGAAAAGAAUGCUGGCAAUUUGUUAUUUUUGUGUAUUUUGUGCUACUAAAAUAUUAAUUUUAUCAUAUAACCUGUGCCAAUUCUCAUUUUUUUUAUGUAUUCAUUUUUGUUGUAUGUGAUUAAAAUAAAUUAUUUCUUUGUAAAACGACCAAUUUGUAUAAUUUUUUUUCUUUAUCUUCAUCUAAUUUUUUUGUAUUCAGUCGCGUUUUACAUUUUGAUUGUAAUAUACCUGAUGAUGAAUUUUUAAUUCGAAAGAAGUUAGGAGGUUAGGUAAUACAAUUAUAGUACUCCAGGUGACACAUUGAUUCAUUUAUUUAUUUUAUUUUUAUGUAUACAUUUUUUAUUUAUUAUUUUAUUAUUUAAUAAUUAUUGUUAUUAUUUUCUUAUCUACCAUUUAAAUUUUUUUAUAAUUUAUUUUAUUACAGAUUUUAGUGAGUUAUAAGAAUGUUAAGUUUAGUAUGUUACCUUUUUUUGUAAAGAACAUAAACUACUAAUGGAGUAAUUUCAACAAAUGAGUUGUCUGUAAAUUCUUUAGGCUCUGGCAAGUAUUAUAGGAUUUUUUUUUUUUAUAUGAAUAAAACAAAAUGCAAUUUUCUAUUAUAGUUAUUAUUAUAUGCUGGUUUUCUAAAUUUUCUAUAAUUUUGUAAAAUUUGAAAAUUAUUUUUGACAUUUUUAAAAACCUUUACGAUAAUAUUCUUUCACUAAUCUACUAGUAGAUACUAAUUUAGGGAAAAGGAGUAUUGUCUUUUUGACUUAGAUACGUAUAAAAAUAUUGUGAACAAUUUAUUCUUAAAUGAUUAUUUUACAAAAAAUAAGUAAAAAAGCAAAUAAAAUGAUUAUCCUUUAGAAUAGAAAUUAAAUGAAACACAUUUUUUACUUUUAUUAAAAAAUGUAAUCUGAACCCUACUAAUAAGACUCUUUUAGUUUAACUUAGUCGCCUGAGACGUGUUGAUAAAAAUCAAUUAUUUAAUAAUUUAUUUAUAAUAUAUUGUUUUAAAUUAAUAAUUAACAACAAUGUAUCAUAUGAUUAUAUGAUAUUAUUAUGAUCAUUAUGUACAAAUUAUGUUUAGGAAAAGACUUAAUACCAACAUUUGCAACAUUUGUCUUAUGCCUGGCCAUUAGAGUAGAACUUGGAAUUUUAGUUGGUGUAGCCAUAAACAUAAUGCUUCUACUUAUACCGUCAGCUAGACCAUUUUUGCAUAUUGAAAUAAAAAAGGUGAAUUUUUGUUUUAUUAAUUUUAAUUGUGUUCAAUUUUAUAGUUACAUUAAAAUCUUUAAAUACUUUAUACUUUAUUAUAUUAAAUUUAUUUUUUAUAAUUUGUUAUUUUUUUAUAAUAUCAGUUAAGAACUGGUUUGGAUUAUUUGCUUGUAACCCCAGAAAAUAGUCUUUAUUUUCCUGCUGUGGACUUUAUGCGUGGAAAAACAGAUCGAGCAGCUGUUAAAAUGGGAAAAUCAAAACUCCCUGUUGUGGUCGACUGUAAACAUAUACUUGAAGCUGAUUUUACAGCUGCUAAAGUAAGUAGGAAAACAAAUAGCAAUACAAUAAAAAAAAAAAAUUGGCAUUUCAUAAUUUUUCAUUGAAAAUAAUAUUUUCUUAGAUGGGAUAAUGGAAAUGUUGUUACCAUUUUAUUUAAUGUGAUGAUGAUUUUAUAUUAUAUUUUUUCUUAGGGCAUUGCUGGAUUAAUAAUGGACUUUAAAAAGCGAAAACAGCCCCUGUGUUUUUAUAACCCAAGAAAAAGUGUAUUAGCCGUAUUACAGGGUGUGUGUGUUGAUCAAAUUAUUCACUGUUUUACAUACGAUGAAUUAGAACAAACACUUAAUGGUAUGUUUUUUUUUUAUCACUAGGAUAACUGUUAUUCUUAAAUAUAUGUCUAGAAUUUUUGUAAUUAGAAAAAGAUUAAGGGGAUUGGAAGUGGUAAUUUACUGACUUUACUUUGCACAUGUGCAACAUAAGAAUUUAGAGAUAUUCUAUUUCCAACAUACCAAUUGAUUGGUUUAGUGAAGCAAUAUGUAUUCUCAAAGUAAUUUGAAUUUACCAUCAAGUCAACAUAAGAUCAGUUUUCCCACUUAUGAUUUUUUAUUUUAAUUUCUUCAAAAAGUAAUUUUUUGAUUUUCUAAAAAAAAUUUUCAAAAUAAUUGUUAAAAACCCCAUAGAAAAUUAUAGGUAAAACGACAGUUAUUUACGACGUGCUACAGUGUUACCAUUUUCAUUGCUUUUAAUAUGUUAACUUAUAUUUUCUAUCAGAAAUAUUGUGCCAAUACAUUAAAACAAUAAAACAUUAAGAGAUCUUUUUUGUUGAAUUAUCUAGUUGGUGACCAAGAAAGUUGAAUUUUUUGAUUUUCUUUGUAAUUUUUUAAUAGUUGAGAAUAGUUUUGUAUUAUGGUUUUUAUUUUUAAAAUUAAGGUAUAUAAAAUCAAAAAUGUUGGGAAGUCGAUUUCAAGUAGACUUAACUACAAAUUAAAAUCUUUUUUCAGAAUUAUUAUUCUAAUGGACUUUUAGGUAAUACAAAUUGUAUUACUUAAAUGUAGGACUAGAUGAUAUUAUUAGUCAAAUUAAUUUUAUAAUGUACAUUUUAAAAAUCAAAGUGUUGAAUGAAAAUACAAAUGGUAAUGCAACAUUUAUUUAUUUUAGAUAUCUCUUCUGGUAAUUCAAUGGAGUUGAAGGAUAUAGUACACACAACAUCUCAACAAUUUCAAGAAUUGCCACUUUUAAACAGAAGACAACAUUGAACACAUACGUUGUUUCUAUUGUUUACCUGCUUGAAGAAUCUUAUUUUUUUAUGUUAGUAUUUGUUUAAUCAAAUUUUUAUAUCUCUACCUAUAUAUAUAAUAUAUACUUGAUGAAACUUUUUUUGAACAUUUAAAACACUGUACCUUUUGUGUGUACAUAUUUUAUUCACCUGUCAAAAGUUAGAAACUAAAAAAAAAUCAUUACCUUCAGUAAUUGUAAAAUACAUAUUUUUCUAUUGAUCACUUAUAUGGUUAUUAUUUUUUUACAUGACAUGUUAUUUUUUUUUUUUUUUACUUCUUAUUAAUGAAGUAAAAUUUAUAAAGUUCAUUUUUAUAUUAAAUACACUACAUUGUUUCAUGAAAUGAUGUCAAUUAUUUAUUCUUUUACUAUUUAUUUGAAUAAUUCAAAUUGGAAAAUAAGCU